AUGCACUUCCUACAAAAUCAUCAAAUUGCAAUCAUCACAAUUUUACUCGCAAUAUUUACGAUCGGGACAAUCGCACAAAUGCCACAAAUUCCUCAAAUGCCCGAUCUCUCGCAAUUAGGAGGUGGUGGCCCUGGCAGUACACCUAAUUUUGGUAGCCCAAAAGGUAAUGCUAAUAAGCCUGGCAGUGGCAGUGGUAGCUCUGGAAAACCACAAACUGCUAAUGGUGUUCCUGGUGUUGGUGUUGGUGUUCCUGGUGCUGCGGGCGGACCUCAAGUUGCUGAACAGGCCGCCAAACCACAAGCUGCUGGUGGUGCUCAACAACCAGGUUCUCCGGACACUCAUGCUGGUACCGCCCCACCUGCUACUGCAACAGCUCAUGCGACACCUAGUUCUCCAACCGCGACAAACAAAGCCUCCACUACAACUUCUUCGAAAAUUCCUACACCGACAAAUUCUUCGGCCGCCGCUAAAAACCUAAAUAAUAGUGCCGUGACUAGCUUAGUUGUUACGAUGUUUAUUGGCAUGAUUUUUACUAUCAAUGGAAAAUUGUAA